AUGCAACUCUUCCUCCUAACUUCAGCCUUCUCACGCUUAGUAGGACAUGAGGUGGAUGGGCUGUCCUUGCUUGCCUUUAAAGCUGAAAUCAUGAGUGAUAGCAUGGGCAACCUUAGCUCCUGGAACGAAUCCCUGCACUUGUGUGAAUGGCCAGGCAUUUUUUGUGGCCGCAGACACCAGAGAGUCACAGGGCUGGACCUCCGAUCAAGCCGGCUGCAGGGCCGCCUAUCUCCCCACAUUGGAAACUUGAGCUUUCUCAGGACAUUGCGCCUCGAAAACAAUCUAUUCAACCACACCAUCCCUCAAGAAAUUGGUCGUUUGUUCCGGCUACAGAUGCUGAGUUUUGAUAACAACUCCUUCAGUGGUGCUAUUCCAUUCAGCAUAUCGCGUUGCUCUAACCUCCAAUACCUUAGUUUAUUUGGAAACACUCUUAGUGGCAAAAUUCCAAUUGAAAUUGGCUCAUUGUCCAAGCUUCAGGUACUUAAUUUAGGCACAAACAAUUUAAGUGGGGAAAUCCCAUCUGCCUUUUCAAAUCUUUCUUCUCUUGAGAUGCUAUAUGUGCAACAAAAUAAUCUGCAUGGAGGUAUUCCAAGUAGCCUUGGCCAGUUGAAAAGUUUAAAAUAUCUUGCAUUGGGUACAAAUAAUUUGUAUGGCACAAUCCCUCCCUCCAUAUACAACCUCUCUUCAAUUAAACUCAUUUCUGUGCUUGCAAACCGACUUCAUGGAACUCUUCCUCCUGGCUUGGGCCACACUAUAUUUCCAAACCUUGAAUCCUUUUCAUUCCAUAUGAACCGAUUCAGUGGACCAAUACCAAUUACAAUCUCCAACGCAUCCAACCUUAAAUUUUUUGGAAUCUCAGGAAAUAUUUUUACCGGAAGAGUGCCUAGUCUGGCAAGGAUCUCCAAUCUGUUUCGGGUAGAAAUGGACAGUAACAGUCUUGGAAAUAAUGAGGAUGGUGACUUGGAUUUUCUCUCUUCUCUUGUUAAUUGCACCAAUUUAGAGCGUUUGGAUAUUAGUGGCAAUAAUUUUGGAGGACUGCUACCUGACUCUAUCAGCAACCUCUCAACAAAGCUCACGGUACUGAAACUGGGAACGAAUCAGAUACGCGGUAGCAUUCCUGUUGGGAUUGGAAAUCUCAUCAACUUGGGGGUUCUAGACUUUAAGGUAAACCUAUUGAGGGGCGGUAUACCAAGCUCAAUAUGUAAUCUAAAUAAACUGUAUGAUCUGUUGUUGAAUCACAAUGAGCUGUCAGGUGCUCUUCCAUCUUCUCUAGGCAAUCUAACUUCGUUAGGCAGAUUAAAUCUCAUGUCAAACCACUUACAAGGAAGCAUACCACCAAGUCUUGGUGAAUGCAGGAAUUUGCUAGCUUUGGUUCUUUCUCAAAAUAAUCUUAGCGGUCCCAUUCCACAAGAAGUCAUCCGUUUGUCAUCCUUGUCACUAGUUUUGGAUCUAUCCAGUAACCAUUUUACUGGUUCCAUUCCCAUUGACGUGCAUUACUUGGUGAGUCUUACUUCCUUGGAUCUUUCUGAAAACAAAUUAUCUGGUGAGCUUCCAAACGCUCUAGGGAAUUGCAUGAGUUUGAAAAGUUUGCAUUUGGAAGGAAAUUUUUUGCGAGGGACCAUUCCUGAAGAUUGGAGUUCUCUGAGAGGAAUUGAAGAUUUUGACCUUUCUCGUAACAACUUGUCUGGAAGAAUUCCCAACUAUUUGGGGAGUUUCAACUUUUUACGAAAUUUGGACCUAUCAUUUAAUGAUUUAGAAGGUGCAGUACCGAUGAGAGGAGUUUUCCGAAAUACAAGUGCGCUUUCUAUCAUGGGAAACAAAAGGCUAUGUGGAGGUAUAUGUCUGCUAGGAUUGCCCCGACGCCGAAUUAUUUCCAAUGAAUCUAAGCAAGAACCUAAGACAGAAUUAUUUCCAUGGCGGAGAGUACUUACAUCAAUUGCUAUUGGGGGAGUUAUUGGACUUGGCUUACUCUUGUGCUUUGUGCUUCUUAAUUUAUCAAAAAAAGCAUUGCACUUUUUGCUUCUUUAUAUAUCAAGAAAAGCAAGAGUGAAGCCAACUUCAGGAUCAUCAUGGGGGGUUUCACUCUUGAAAGUGUCAUAUGCAGAUCUCCUCCAAGCAACUAAUGGUUUUUCUACUCGGAAUUUGAUUGGUGCUGGUAGUUUUGGUUCUGUGUACAGGGGAAUUCUCAAUGAGGAAGAAAGAAUUGUUGCAGUCAAAGUACUCAAUGUUCAGAGUUCAAGAGAAAGCUUUAUAGCAGAAUGUGAAGCCUUGAAAAACAUUAGGCACCGAAAUAUUGUCAAACUAUUGACCGCGUGUGCAAGUAUCGAUUUUCAAGGAAACGAUUUUAAAGCUUUGGUUUAUGAAUUCAUGAUGAAUGGUAGUCUAGAAGAGUGGCUGCACAUUUCAGCUGACAGAGUAGCCGGGGCACCCAUUGUGCAGGGGCAUUUGAAUCUUAUUCAGAGGGUAAGCAUUGCCAUUGAUGUAGCCAAUGCUCUGAAUUAUUUGCACAACCACUCUCACAUGCCAAUAGUUCAUUGUGAUUUAAAGCCCAGCAAUGUUCUCCUGGAAGGUGACAUGACUGCCUGUGUUGCUGAUUUUGGUUUAGCAAAGUACCUCCCGGAUGCUUCACGUUCACUUCCUUCACAUGAAAACACUUCCAAUGUCAUAAAGGGUUCCAUAGGCUAUAUUGCCCCAGAGUAUGGUGUGGGAAACGAUGUGUCAAUAUAUGGAGAUGUGUAUAGCUACGGAAUCCUGCUAUUGGAGAUGCUUACAGGCAAGAGGCCUACGGAUGAAAUGUUUAAAGAUGAUCUGAACCUGCACAACUUUGUGAGAAUGGCUUUGCCUGAACGUGUAGAAGGAAUAUGUGAUCCGGUCCUUCUUCAAAGAAAAGAAAGCAGCACUCGUAGUAAUGCCACAAACAAUAGGAACAAUAUCGAAGAUGAUCAAGGACAAAGAGUAAGGAAGUGCUUGGUUAUCCUUGCGAGGAUAGGAGUUGCUUGCUCUGCAGAUUUUCCGAGAGAGCGGAUGGAUAUUGGCAAUGUUGUAGACGAAUUAUGCCUAGCAAGGGAUGUACUAACCGGAAACUGGAUUCCUAGAAAGCAUAAGAUCGCCGCCUAA